GGCCGUCACUGGUUUUGCGCAAAAUAUUCGAUUGAUCCCAAGAAGGCCUCGCUGCUGCAGAGGCCAUGUCACCUCUCUUACUUCAUCACUUUUGCAAUUGACACUGACCAGCAGCAUGAACAACCAACCCCUUCCGACCCUCGAGUUUGUCAAGACCGGCUUCCUCUUCAAGCGUGGGGCGGGCGGCCUCUUUGGGCGCAAGAACUGGAAGCCGCGCUACUUUGAGCUCACCGACUCGACUUUGCGCUACUACAGCUACCAGAAGGGCAAGAAAAAGGGCGAGGUGCGCCUUGACGGCAUUGGGCGCGACGCCAUUGAGGUCAUGCCGGCCGACUCUAAGAAGACUGGGACGUCCAAGUCGACGAUCUGGCGCAUUGCUGUCCAGACGCCCAAGCGUCGACUGCUUCUCGCUGCGUCGACCGAGUACGAAAUGAACGAGUGGAUUUACGCGCUAUCGCGCGUCGUCAAGGGCGGCCUCAAGCACCGGCACUCGGACAUGACCAACUACAACCCAAGCAAGCGCACGGACAUUGCUGCGCGCGCCGAAUCCUUCUAGCUCAACUUGAUAUUUAUGAACAACUAAUGUGAUGUAUUCCUCUUGUGA